GUGCAAAAUUUGGAGUGAAUAAAAAAAGUGGCUUUCAUUUUCUAUUACCUCUCUGAACUUCCUGCAUAAAAUUAAGAAUUUGAUAAGUAAUUGGUCAUUCCCACAAACAAAGUAUUUCCAGUGCCUUGUGGGAAGUGAUUUGUAAAAGAAAGCAUCCUAAAUAUGUUAUAUUAUAUAAUAUUUAUAUUACUUGUGAACAGUAGGAGGCACCGACUCAACCCAUUUCAAUCAUAUACAUUUCCUUGCAAGCAAAGGUUUAAAUUCAGAUGUAUUAAGGUCUAAUGACCCUUUAUACACAAUACAAUGUAUACAGGUGACUGUGUGUACACUGGAGAGACCUGGGAAUUGAAUUUGCUUAAUAUUGAAGAUGUAAAAUGGAGUCUACUAAAAAUACAAUACACCCUCUUUAUAAUCAAGCUGUUUGUCUUUGAAUAUAAUGAGGUGAAACAUGCAUUAUUAUCCAAUUUUUCUAUAAAUGCAAGCAAGAGUCAAGCUCGUCAUGUUUGGAGGAUUUUCAUUGCAUCACUUUAAUGUGUUAUUUGGCUGUGAGGUGUGUGUCAGUCAGCUUUCUCAUUGCUGACAGAGCUCACUGAAACUCUCUAGUGAAGACCAGUCUGACAGAAAAGAGAUGCAACCUAUACAAAUAUAAAUUCACAACAGUGUUUCUUUAUUAUAUAAGUCUCUGCCACGUGUCAACUGCACCCCGUCCAGCUCACUGAGGAGAUCCAGAUGUGGUGCUGUGGGACAAACCCCCAAAACAUCCAACCUCUGGCCUGUUGGAGCCCUCAGCAGAAACACAAACAGGCCCUUUGGCAGGAAAAAUACUCUACAAAACAAUACAUUUAGCAAGCAGCUAUGAAAAGGCACUUGCAAAACAUUGUGGCUUAAUAUGUGUUGCUCAUAAGUGGAUGCAGAUAAUUAAUAAAGAUAUGAAUUAUUCAAAUUCUGUUUAUGUAAUACAUGUACACACACACAGACAGACAGACAGACAGACAGACAGACAGACAGACAGACAGACAGACAGACAGACAAGGCCCUGCUGUGAUUUACUGGUAACCUAUAAACAAGUGGAACCCGAGUCAUGCUUGUCUGAACGCUGUUAAACUCUCCACAAUCCUGCUCACCAUCCAUCUGCCUUCAGCGUUUCAAAAGCAACACAAACAGCUGUUAAACAUCUGUAAAACAUUUGUUCUGUAUGAGAUAUGAUCUCCUCACUCAACUCUGGGCUGCCACUCCGGGCGUGCAAAACACAACAGUCUGUCUGGCCAGUGCUCAGAGCUGUGAGGCGCUUUUCUGUGGUGCUGCACCAAAACAGUUUCUUUACGGUGGAUUUAAAGUGUUUUCCCAAGUAUUAUGGAUGCUAGAGGGGUUCGCUUGAUGUUUUGCCUUCUCCUGCUGGCACACUGCACGUUCCAGCAGACCUCCACAAAGAAAAGAAAUGGCAAGAAAGACUCUGCAAACAACUCUGCAAUUGAGGAGCUGAAGAAACAGGUUAAUGACAUUGUUCAAGAGCUGAAUUUGCUGAAAGAGCAGCAAGCUUUACAGACAGUUUGUCUGCGAGGCACCAAGAUCCUCGGCAAGUGUUUCCUGGCUAACCCAGUGAAGAAGACCUUCCACGCAGCCAGUGAUGACUGCAUCGCCAAAGGAGGCAGUCUGGGCACCCCUCUGACAGGAGACGAGAACGACCAGCUCUACAGCUACGUGCGCCAGAGCAUCGGCCCAGAGGAGCACAUCUGGCUGGGCAUCAAUGACAUGGUGACCGAUGGCCAGUGGGUGGACCAAUCAGGCUCCAGCGUGCGCUUCAAGAACUGGGAGACAGAGAUCACCCUGCAGCCAGACGGAGGGCGCAGCCAGAACUGUGCCAUCCUCUCCACCACGGCCAACGGGAAGUGGUUUGAUGAGAGCUGCCGGGCCGAAAAGGCUUCUGUGUGUGAGUUCAACAUCGUCUGAGGGGCUGCUUGCUUUCUGACAUCAACAUCACUCAUAUGAACAUUAAAUGCUGCUUGCAGAAAAGAAUGAAACAUAUAGAGUAUCAGGUACAUUUAUGCAAUACAUUGAGAAAAAAAAGCAACGUGCUGCAUCUUUUUUAAGCUCACAUUUUCUUGACCAAGCCAUUCGGAUGUCAAUAGACUUCACACAGUGGUCUGGGAUACAGUAUGUGAUUGUAUAAGCUAAACUCACUGAGACAUGAUCAUUUACAUACAUUCAAUAAACUCGUUCUCUCCGACACCCCAGUAUAUUUCAUAUCACAUUCAUUAAGGUAAACACCACUGGAUGGCUUGUCUUUGUUAUAUGUAUUUUUAUGUCAUCUGCUAGUCAAUGCAAUAAAACCUUGUUUUUCUUACUGAAAAGCAAUCAUCAUGAGUGUCUUUUAUGAGGCACCUACUUUAUUUCUAGUUCUGAAUUUCAAGUCGUGCAGCUUAUAUUACAUUACAUAAUGUUAAUAAACAUAAAACAGUUUCACCUCA